AUGGCUCUGUCAUUGGCCGAGGCCAACCGAAUCGUGGAGGGCGCCGUAGCCGCCGCGACCGAGAUGGGCAUCAAGAUAAACGUCGCCGUUUGUGAUGCAGGUGGGCGUCUACUUGCCUUCAACCGCAUGGACGGUGCGAUCUGGGGUGGCGCCUAUGGGUCCCAGGGCAAGGCGGUGGCAAGCGCUGCCUUCGGACGCUCCAGCGGGGAGCUGCAGGAGCGGGCGAACACUCCCAUUAUCGAGGGCAUUCUGAAGGCGGAGGGAGAGCACGGCAUUCCCAGCCAGGGUGGGCUGCCAAUUUUCCGCAACGGUGCACUUGAGGGCGCCUGCGGCGUGGGCGGAGGUAGCAGCCAGCAGGACGAGGACUGUGCGCAGCGGCAUGCCACGCUUUAG